ACCAACACCAGCCGAGACCAUCUGCCUCCCUUUUCCCGCGCAUUUUCUGGCCCAGGUAGAAACCCAGGUCUCUUCCGGAUGCUAUUUGGUUUUCACUCCGCUAAAAACCAUCUUAGAAUCGCCAUCGCCGCCAAACGUGCAAUUACCUCCUGAAAAAACAAGCCAAUCGUGCUGUUACAUUUCGAUUUUACCGAGCCUAAAACAUCUAACAGCAACAAAAAUGCCGCGACGAAAGGCUUUAAAAGACAACAGCAAUGCCGCCGAAACUGAAGUCGUGCCAGCCAAACGGGCACGCAUCGCUUUCCGCUUGGAGGUGCCGGAACGGCGGCAAACGGUGGGCAAGGUUCUGGUCUGCGGCACUGGAGACACCGGGCAGCUUGGUCUGGGUGAGGAUGUCCUGGAGCGGAAGCGCCUCUCCGAGGUGCAGGGCAUCCCGGAUCCCGUUGACGUUUGUGCUGGCGGUAUGCACAACCUCGUGCUUACCAAGAACGGCGAGAUCUACUCAUUCGGCUGCAACGACGAGGGCGCCUUGGGUCGCGACACCAGUGAGGAGGGCAGCGAAGCUCAGCCGGGCAAGAUUGAUUUACCAAAGAAGGCGGUUGCUGUGUCAGCCGGAGACUCGCACUCGGCUUGCUUGAUGGAGGAUGGCAGCGUCUAUGCCUGGGGCUCUUUCAGGGACUCUCACGGCAACAUGGGCUUGACCAUGGAUGGAAACAAGCGGACGCCCAUUAACCUUCUUGAGGGCACCGUGUGCUCCAGUAUUUCCUCUGGCGCCGAUCACUUGGUAAUCCUAACCAGUGCCGGAAAAGUGUUUACCGUAGGAUGUGCCGAGCAGGGUCAGCUGGGCCGCAUCUCGGAACGUUCCGUUUCAGGCGAGGGCCGCCGAGGUAAGCGUGACUUGCUUCGACCCGAUCAGCUAGUACUUCGGACCAAGCCCUUCGACGCCAUCUGGACGACCAACUAUUGCACCUUCUUACGUGAGUCGCGUACAGAAAUCAUCUGGGCUUUUGGGCUGAACAACUACAAGCAGGUGGCACAUCCGAAGGACAUUGAGCGCGUUUUGACGCCGGUGAAAACCGACUUUAAGAAUAUUCUGCAGAUUUCUGGUGGCUCCCACCAUACCAUACUGCUGGGUAAAGAUCUUAAGUGCUCGGUGAUUGGCCGGCAUAACUACGGUCGCUUGGGCCUGGGCCAGUUGACGGCGGAUGUGACCAAGCUGACGCCUCUGAGCAAGUUAAGCGACAAGAUCGUCUAUGUUGGUGGCGGCGAGUCGUGCUCUUAUGCAGUAGCAGAAAACGGAAAGCUAUACUCUUGGGGCAUCGGUACCAGCAACCAGUUGGGAGUAGGCGAUGGCGACGAUGAGUGGGAACCGGUCGUGGUGUCCAGCAAAAAUACACAGAACAGACGUGCUCUGUUAGCCACGGGCGGAGGUCAGCACGCAAUCUUCUUGUUCCAGGAUGAGCAGGAUGCCAAGAAGGAGCAGAAGGAGAACGUGCCCGCGUCACCGGCUGGUGGCAGCGGUAAAAAGGAAAAGACUGUGUCACCCAAGGAGUCGGAUGACAAGGAAAAGGACGACAAGCCGGAACCCAAAGCAGAAAAGAGCGGCAAGGCCAAGGCAGCUCCCAAAAAAGGCAAAAAAGCGUAAAUAAGUUUAAGAAAAAACUUUAAAGUUGACCAUGGAUACUUUGUUUUUGGUAGCGCCCAGCUGCUUUCUACGCUUACUAUAACAUUUCUUAAGGAAUUCUUCUUACUCAUGUUCCAAAUUCGUAAAAUAAGUCCAAAUAUUGUUUACUUCCCAUUAGUCUGGGAUUUUUUGAACUGAGCUAGACGUUAGCUGACCGUCUGCAAAAUAUAUUAUGUUCAUUAUUAA